AUGCAACGCAGAGACUUGGCUACCCUUUGGACUCAAAUAAAACGUGCCCUUAGAAGGACAUUUGGAGGGCGACGAUAUCAUCAUCAUAGAAGAAGGAAUAAUUAUCCAGAAUCAAGAACAUAUCCUGAAAGACGACGACGCAGAUGGCGCUCACGUUUUCCGACAUUUUUAAAAUAA